UCAUAGAAAAGUUAAAAUCCGUCAAUUCGGAAAAUACUCAAAGGAGGAAAGUUAUAUUUUAUCACCCCUUGCAUAUUUAGUAAAACUUAAGUGAUUUUAUUAAACACAGGGCGAUGGCUAGUGCAUUGGAAAAUUAUGUUAAUAACGUCCGGACAAAGAGUUCUGAAGCUUUCUUCCAAUAGGGAAUUUCCGUAUAAUGGUGGAACAACUAAACGACUCUGUGGAGGUGCUUUCACGCUAUUGGGAACUACUGGAUAAUGUUCUGGAAACUUUAGAUUUUCAGCAACAUUCGCUUGGCGUUCUUUAUGUGUUACUAGUGAAAUUCAAUGGCGCAUCCAGUCCGAAUGUGAAUGCAAAUCUGCCUCAAAUGUUUAAUCUUUAUAAAGAAUUUAUCAGUCAGUGUAACGGUGAACAGGUGCGCUAUGCUACGUACACUUAUUAUGAUCUUUGCCACAUGUUUACGAGCCUUAUUGUUGAACACCCACUGUGCAUCCAAGGAAUCAAGGUUGUUGCUCAAGCCAUCGAAAAAAUUCGUCUCUGUGAUUCGCAGCAAACUAGUAUUCAUGCUGAUCUCUGCCAGAUUAGUUUGAAAGCAAGAUGUUUCAAAACUGCAUUAAGCUUUCUAGACGUAGAUAUAACCACUAUAGCGACCACAUCAGAAGUUCGUGGUCAAAAUUCAAAUGACGCAAAUAAUGAUGCCAAAUAUUUCCUUCUCUAUUAUUAUUAUGGAGGUAUGAUAUACACUGCCGUUAAAAACUUUGAUAGAGCCCUGUAUUUUUUCGAAGUGUGUAUAUCAACUCCCGCUGCCGCCAUGUCACACAUAAUGUUAGAAGCUUAUAAGAAAUUUGUACUGGUAUCUUUAAUUCUGCAUGGGAAGGUUUUGCCUAUACCGAAAUCAUCAGGGCCGGUGAUUUCUAGGUUUAUGAAACCUCUUGCACAAGCGUAUCAUGACUUAGGAAACGCAUAUGCGACAUCAACCAAUGAAGAACUACGAAUUGUUAUGAACAAAUGUAGCGAAACAUUCAUUCGAGAUAAAAAUAUGGGUUUAGUUAAACAGGUUGUAACUUCGCUUUAUAAGAAAAAUAUACAGCGGCUAACCAAAACAUUUUUGACGCUCUCUCUAUCUGACGUUGCUAGCAGAGCUCAACUUAAUGACGCAGCCGAGGCGGAAAAAUACAUUUUUAAUAUGAUAAAAUCUGGAGAAAUUUAUGCCUCAAUAAAUAAAAAAGAUGGGAUGGUUGUAUUUAAAGAUGAUCCUGAAAAAUAUAACUCUCCUGAAAUGUUCCUUAAAGUUCAAAAGGACAUGGCGGAAACAAUGGAUUUGAUAAGACAAAUAAACAAAAUGGAAGAGGAAAUUUUGCUCAACCCGAUAUACGUUAAGAAAGCGUUGGGCAGCCAAGAGGAUGAACUAACGUCUCAGCAUGCAAAAUCUUUUUCUGGAGAUCCAACGGAUUGAUGAUACCAUGAAAAGCAACUUUACACCACGCCUAUUCGUAUGACUAAUUUGUAUGCUCAUCUUCAUUUCUCCUGUACUAAACAGAUUUGCUUAAGCAAAACUACUUGUAUAGAGCUAUUAAAGAAUUAUUUUUAAAUUCAUA